AUCCGUCAGGCGGUGCGUGGAUGGAGGCCGUGAGUCCUGAUGGAUACAUGUACUACUUCAACACUGAGACGUGCGAAUCCAGUUGGGAGAAACCGGAUGAUUUCAGUGCAGAGGAAGUUGCUCCUCCUGGUGUUGAUUCUCCUCGUGAGGAGGCGCGAGCAGCAGACGAUCCGUCUCCUCCUCAGCCCGAGUCUGUGUCUGGAGCUGAAGACACAUCCGACCCUCCUAAAGACACUCCAGAACCAGACGAAACCAAACAAACCAGCGCCCUGAAGAUCAGUUUCAGGAAGAGAAAAGAAGAGCCGCUCCAGACAUCAGCGGACGACGGAGGAGAGAGAAGCUCAGAUGAUGGAGGAAACGGUGAGGAGAAACGGGAAGAUUCGGCCGUGACUGAUGCAGUGAAGGAGGUCGAGACGCCUGUGAAGAGACCCAGAAAGACCAAUCCAUACGGAGCCUGGGAACGAAUCCAGCCACAGGAGGAUCCAUACGAGAAGGUGGAUCUGCAGCUGCCGCAGACGGAGAGCGUCGCUCAGACUCCAGCCGACGUCCCCCCGGAGCCCAGGGCCAGAUUCAAGGAGCGCACCAUCACGUCGCUGGGGGCCGAGAGCAGCGCCGGAGCCACGUUCAAGAAGAGGAAGACCGAGAACAGCAAGUCCAGGAGCCUCCGGCAGAGAGAAACAGACGAGUAGAAGCGUCUCCACGGGACGAGUCUUCAGAGCUUGCUUUAGAAUUUGAGUAUUUUACAUAUGUGUCCCUGCAGCACAAAAGCAGUCUUAAGCAGCACACAAAAUUGACACUUAAGACUGGUUUUGUGCUGCAGGGACACAUAUUAUUGGCAGGUGACAUUUUAACUGCCUCCACCUGCUUCUUUGUGAAUAUUUCCAGGCAUCAGUUUUGUUUCCAGAGGUUAAAGUGAGUGUGUCGUGUGUUUUGCAAUAUUUGUGAUGACAAUGUUGUCAUGAAGAAUCAAAGCCAUAGUUUAAUUAGACGCUUUCUAUCUUACAGAUGAAUCUGGACUUUCAUUGCUCAUCCCAAACCACAUUAAAAAAGUUUUGACUGCAUCAGUUUCUUCACUGUAUUUAGUAUCUUGUGAUGCUGGUUUAAAUGUUCUUGACGCUCUCUGAGAAGGGUUAUAAGCCUCAUAUCAACAUGAUUCAGAGCAGAUGAUGAUGAAUGCUUCUGUGAGCGUCUGAUAGUCGCUCUCCACACCCACAUCA